AUGAGAUCAACGGUGGCCGUCGCUCUCCUCCUCGUCGUCCUAGCCGUGGUCCCUACCGUUUUGGCGGUGACUUUCCAGGUCGGCGAUACCGGUGGUUGGAACUUUGGUGUCAACUACACGACUUGGGUUGGUGGAAAGACUUUCAGAGUCGGUGACACUCUAGAGUUCAAUUAUGGUCCUUCACAUGCGGUCUUCGUGGUAGAUAAAGCUGGCUUCGAUGGUUGCGAUGGUAGCAGAGCAACGCAAAGGUUUUCCAACAGAGACACUAAGAUCGAUCUUACGAGAGUUGGAACUAUACACUUCCUUUGCCCUACUCCUGGUCACUGCCUCGGUGGCAUGAAACUCGCUGUUCCCGUACUCGCUUCAUCUCCCAUCACUCCUUCUCCGUCGCCGUCUCCAUCGCCGUCUCCAUCUUCGGGAAACGUGGAGAACGCAAAAAACGUGGCGUCUAAGGGAAUCAUGAGCUAUGGAAAGAUUGGGGUAGCGAUGGUGUUGAUGUACGGUGUGAUGAGAUAA